AUGAUGGUUAGAGAUAUAAAACCACGUAACGACGGGAACGAAGAACAUGAACAACAGGAUACUGGUCGGGUUAUUCGAGACAUUAAAAACGUGUAUCCUGAAGUUAUUGAUUUAUUUAGAGGAGUUAAUGAUUCAAUUUCAAAACAUUCUAUAACCCUCGAUGAAGAGAAUAAAUUAACAGAUUAUAUAUUCGUCAUUAUUGCAGAAUUAAUGAAGAGAAUAAAUGAAAAAGGAAUUGGUGAUAUCAUUAAUGUCAGCGAUGUAAUGAUGAAAAGAAAUUUUGACUCAUUAUUUACAAAACCGAAAACAGAAUAUAGUCUUUAUGACGUAAUUACCGAAUUAAUGAAAAAGAUUAAUGAUAAUAAGAGUUCUGGCGGAAGAGUUGAAUUAGAAGUGAAUGAUGUUAAUGAGAAAUUAGCCGAAAAAGCAAACAAAAAUGAGCUUUUAGCUCUGAGUGAUAAAGUCAAGAACCACGUUCAUUAUAUAACUUCAGACGAACAGAUUAUAACGGACUACCAUGGAUAUUUAACACGAAGUGAUGAAGUGAAGACGGAAGACCCCAAUGAAAGAAGAUAUAAAUACAUUCGUGCUAAAGGUUAUGACAUAAGCUGUACUGUACAGUAUGACACGGGUAAAGCACCAGAAGCAUUUAGUUAUAACGAUGAAAUUUAUGCCUCUACUUUCUCUGUUAAAGGUGUAUUAGUUGAACCAAGAUUUACUUUGAGAGUUAAGUCAAAAAUAACGUUUGAAGAUGCUAUUAAAAGUAAAGCUGACAAAGUUGAACUCGAAGCAAUGAACAAAGUUUUGAAAUCUCAUAAACACAACAUCUCCGAUAUAAAUGAACUUCAAGCUACAUUAGACA